GGAAUGGAAGAAUUGCACAAGACGUCGAUCGGUUGUCAUAGCAACUUAAAGUCCACCAACGUAUUGGUUGACAGCUAUUGGAUUUGUAAGGUGGCCGACUACGGUCUACAAACCUUUCGUGAAAACAGGUUACACUCAGAGGAGACCUUACUAACACAAACUGCUCUUUUUUGGACUGCACCGGAGUGUCUACGCACAAACACUGGCAAUACACCCCUUGGAGACGUGUACAGUUAUGGCAUCAUUUUACAAGAAAUCGCACUAAGAGAAAAGCCAUUUUCCACAUCUCUUCUUGGCCCAAAGGGUGAUAACUCUUCUUAA